CCGAGGCAAAACGCCGUAUCGACCAUGGCGGAGCCUGGAGAAGAUGAGAAAAUUUUCAUUUAUUUAUUUAUUUAUUUAGUCAAUUUAUCGCUUCAGAGACUAUAUAACCUUGAAUCAAAAUCCCUAAUUUUAGUUUUCUCCAUCGAUUUUGGGGAAGAAGAGCUUCUCGAUCGAAGAGGUGUGAUCCAAUUUGAUGCUGUUCUUUAUUCAAUCCAUUGAAUUUUUAGGAUUGAUGAGAUUUAUCAGCUCAAGUGUUUGUUGAUUAAUGGCAACGUUUUUGCGGCACCCGGAAUCUACAGUACGACAUGACAAGAAUCAUGUAGGAUGGAUGUGGGGAUUUCUCCAUUUCUUUGAUUUUCACCAUCAUCUUCAUGUUCGGAAGAUGCUGACUGAUAAAAAGCACACAGAUGGCAGGCAUUCUCAGGGAACUAAAGAUACAAAUUUGAAGCAAAAUGUUCCUUUGUCUGGUGAAGAACAUGAACUUUUACUGAGCGAGGCGGACAUUUCGAUGGAUGACAAAGUGAAUGCCAAAAUAAAAAAUUCUGCCAGCUCUCGGAUAAAAUCUCUCAUUUCAAAAAAAAUGUCAAAGAAACGAGACAAGAAAAAGAAGACUUCUCCAUUGGCCUCCAAACUACAGCGAACUCUUUCCAUCCAUUAUUUGGAAUGCAAUGAUUAUGUCCUUUCUGAUGAAUUAUCUUCAGACAGUGAGGCCUCAACAGUUGAAUCUAAUUCAUGUGAGGAUGAGUCUUGUACUAGCAGUGGACCUGCAACACCGAUGUGGGAAGACUUCGAUGGGGCAAGACAAUUUGAAGCUUAUGGCAUUGUUAGUACUAUUAGUCAUGCCGGUCAUAACCAACUUAAUGAGAUCGGAAAUCAGUUUGUAGAGAAUCAAGUAGUGCUUACUGAAAAGCUAACUCAGGCAAAGGAUGCCUGGAUUAAGCUGAAGUCCUUAAAAUAUGAUACUAAAGGCCAGAGUGCAGAUGUAGCAGUCUAUCAAUCAAAAGAUUUCUCAGAUAUGCUGGAUUUAUUCAAUACAAAUAAGGAGUUAUUUCAACAGAUCUCACAGGAUCCGAAUUCUGUUUUUAUACAUCACUUGCCAGAAAAACAUGCUUCAAGUUCAGAGAUGGCAUUGACCAAGUCUGGUUCAUUCCCAGGAACAGCGUUAUCAGGGAAGAAGAGAAGUGGUCUUUCUAGAUUUAAACGUGAAGGGGAAGGAGGGGAUAGUGGUAAUUCAAGGGAAUCUCAGGCUGAUAACUCUGCUUCAGUUUCAAGUACUAAUGACAACAGUUUGCAACACGGGGCUCCCAGAGCACAUAUGCAAUUUGGUUUUCUGAAGCCAGAACAUGCUGCCAUGAAUAGUUCAGGGACUAAUUCCAACUUGGAGAGUUUACUUGCUUCUCCUCGUGGAUUUAAUAACCAGAUGGAUGCUGUAGCUGUUUCGAGUCGUUUUAAGGGCCUCAAGCAGAGGAUACAAGAUUUAAUCCAGGAGACCAAGAAGGAGCAACAGCGCAUAUCUAUGGAUGGGCUUUUGCAUAAAAUCCCAUAUGGGCGUAAGGUUUCUGAAAAGGAUGAAAGGCAUAAUUUAUGGGAUGGACUUGCUCCUGAAAAAGCUUUUUCUGCUAAUAGCAAGCAUUACAGUAGAGGUUUUCGGAGAUCUCGUUCUCUUACUGAAUCCUUAGAGAGUUAUAGUCGUUUGCUUGAAUCUGUUUCAUUUAGUGAAUAUGAUCAUAAGGUUUCUGAAAAUGUUAAGGGCGAAAGGCAUAUUUUGGGGGAUGGACUGGUGCCAGAAAAACCUCUUUCUGCUAACAGCAAGCAUUACAGUAGUAGUUUUCGGAGAUCUCGUUCUCUUACUGAAUCCUUAGAGAGUUAUGGUCGUUUGCUUGAUUCUGUUUCAUUUAGAGAAUCUACAAGGCUGCCUGAGGAGUUGGGGUUGGUUCAAGAAGAUCCUGUUAUGCAGAAUAAAAAGAACCCAAGAACACUAGGAAGAAUUCUUUCCAAUCCUGAAUAUGGGUCAUACUUACAGACCAAAGUUCUUCUAACAGGUGAUGGAGCAGUCAACCCUGUUGGUUCUUAUGUGCCGAAACCCAUAGAUUCAAUCAUCCCUGAAGAGGAGUGCAAAGAAACAAAUAUGUUGUCACCACAUGCACUUGCUAGUGAGACAAUUGAUGGGGGCCUAGAAGAGAUUGCGACAAUGAAUGAACUUGACCAAAAUCAAAAGGGAAUAAGUAAAGAUUUAGUUCAUGUAGAGGAAGCAGGAGAUGGACUUGUAUCUGUGGAACAUAUGUUGAGAGCAAACCAUGGAGACAUAGCAGAUGGAAAUUCAGAAAAAGAAAUGUCAGUUAAUGCACUUGAUCAGAGUAGUCAACCAGAUGCCAUGGAUGAUUUAAAAGGAGAACAAAAUAGCUACUCUGUCAUCAACGAGCAGGAGGUUACCAUUGAGGAAGAACCGUGCAACAAGCAAACCAAACCCAGCCCCAUAUCUGAUCUGAACUCAUGCAUUGAAGAGGAACCUGUCUGUCCUGCAAAAUAUUCUGCCAUAGAAGGAGGUUCAGAGCUAAGCAUUGGAGGGAUACUUUGUCAGGCCCCAAUUGCCCAUUUGGACCAGGAUAAUGAACUUGAUGUAAUAGAAAGAGACACAACAAAGACUCAAUUACAAAGUGCUGUUGCUGAUGGAGAUGCUUUCUAUGUUCAAGUGAGUAAAAAAGAUGAGGCUGAGUUCAAGUAUGUUAAGGACUUGCUGAAGAAAUCUGAGUUCAGUGGCCAAAGUUUACCCAGAGAAUUUUACUCACCCUAUCCAGAAGUGCAUCAUUCAUUACUGCAAAAAGACACAAAAUGCUCAAACCAUGAUACAGACAUUGCAACAGAUGAUCAUGAAAUGUCUCUGGAUCACCAGCUUCGGUUCGAUCUAAUUAACGAAGUUUUGGCCGACAUCUAUGUGAGAUCAUUUUCUUAUUGGCCCGGGUUCAUGCAUUUUAAUUCACGUACUAGACCAAUGCCAACCGGUUACCAUAUUCUUGAAGAGGUGUGGGAAAACAUCAGCUGGCAUCUUGGUUCACAAACACUUCAUGCUAGUCAAAAUUUAGACUCCAUCAAUGCUAGAGAUUUUACUGCAAAUGAUGGAUGGAUGAAUCUCAGAUGGGAUGCAGAGUGUGUUGCACUGGAGUUAGAGGCUCUUUUGCUUGAUGAUUUAGUCCAUGAAGCUGUAUUAGACUACAAUGGCUUGCUUAUUUCUUCCUAAGUUUAAGUUCUCUUUAUCUAUCUCUUUUUUGUAUGUGUGUAUCAUUGUGUGUAUGUAUAUAUAUAUAUAUAUAUAUAUAUAUGUAAACAAAGUUU